AUGUCGUCCCCGCACUACUCGGAUGUCUCCUCUCCUUAUGUCCAGAAGGAGGAGGACUUCUUGGACAAAAACCUGAUUCCCACCAUCAAGUCCUACAAGAACAUGGAGUUUCUCAACAGCUACGCAGGGCGUAUGAUCCGCAUCUUGUGCGAGUUUGAGGAGCCUCAGCAGCGCCUUCAGCGGCACUUCAUCCGCUCCACAGUUCUCUUCUUCGGCAGUGCACGCUCCAUGACCCAGGGGGAAUAUGACUCCACCAUGCGGGGCCUCCAGUCCAAACUGGCGGCUGCCACGGAGGAAAAUGCUAAGGUGAGCAUCCAGAACGAGUUGACUCGCCUGGAGAAGACGCAGUGGAUGUGCAAGUGGGUCGACCUGGUGGAGAACUUGGCUAAGAUGGUGGCGGAGUUCGCUCGUAAGGAGCGGGAGAUCAUCAACUGCAGUUUCAAGUACAUCCCGGACUACUUCAGGUUGCCGCCCGAAGAGAAUUCGGAGUCCCUGGACGACUUGCACAAGCGCUUUGGCGACCUGGUCGUUACCACAGGUGGUGGCCCCGGUUUCAUGGAGGCGGCGAACCGCGGCGCUGCGUCGGUGCCCGGCGCUGUUACGAUGGGCAUGGGUAUCUCCCUCCCAUUUGAGAAGGGUCUCAACCCCCACGUGACGGAGGGCUUGGCAUUUGAGUUCCACUACUUCUUCACGCGUAAGUUUUGGAUGAUGUACUCGUGCCGCGCCAUUGUCGUCGCCCCGGGUGGAUUCGGCACGCUGGACGAAAUUUUUGAAUUACUCACUCUGAAGCAGACGAAGAAAAUCCCUUCGUUACCGGUAGUGUUACUCUGCAAGCAGUUUUGGAAGACGGUGGUCAACUGGCAGGCGCUGGCGGACUACGGCGUGAUAUCUCAAGACGAGAUCGAUAGUCUGCUCUUCACAGACUCCGCGGAUGAGGCGAUCGAGCACAUCAAAGAAUUUUACCGCCGCUUUGCAAAUGAUUCGACCAGCUUGGCGUAA